CAGCCUUUUUACUUUUUUUCCUCUUUGGCUUAGCAAUAAAAAUUCACGAUGUCUCCCCAAAUCAGGGUCAACAAGAUGGGCUGGCGUAUAUCAACGCACUCGGAAAGGUCCACCAACACGGAUCUAAUGGAGGGACCGACGCCACGUCAUUCUCUUCUUUCCGGAAGAUACAAACAGAGUUUCGCCUAUUUGACACUGAGAUCCCGGAUGCCGGGAAUUAUGCAGCAGGUCAUUAUGAGGGUGGUGAACGAUUUACCGAUGUUGGAGGAGAAAUUCGGCGAGGAGGUGCGCAAGGAUGUCAAACAGAUAGUGGACGCCAUCGAGCGAUUGAAGAUGGAACUGAACCGGGAUCGGCAGUUCCUGCAGUUUCACGGAAAUGAGCCGGACAAAGCCGAGUGGAAUGCCUUCCUUUCGGAGCUGCCACGUCCUAAAAGGACCUUCUUCCGCGCCUGUUGGCUGCACGCCGAGUGCUACCUGUACCGCCGCAUCUUCUCCUUCUUCGAGAACAGCCGCUUUCUGCACAACUUCGACUGCUUCGAUCAUCUCAAGCAGGAGGACCUUAUAAUCAGUGAGGAAACCAUGAAGAUCUUGGCCAAAGCCACUCGCGAUUUGCCCAAGACCUUUGAUAAUUUCCACAAACUGCUGCGCAUUAAUCUGUGGUGUAAUCACUUUGAAAUACAACUCGGCGCCUUUACGUUUACAGAGGAAGAACCCCAGAAUGAUAUUAAUGUCCUGGCUAAGGUGGCUGACAUUGAUAGAGUCCUUCUGGUGAACGAUUCGGUGCUGGUGUGGAACUGUCUGAUGAAGCCCGGGCCAAAUGGCAUAGUCGAUUACAUCUGCGAUAACGGUGGCUUCGAGUUCUUCGCCGAUAUGGUGCUGCUGGAAUAUAUGGUUGACAACAACUUGGCCACUCAGGUGAGGCUUCAUGUCAAGGCCAUUCCCUGGUAUAUUUCCGAUCUUACUCGCCCCGAUGUCGAGUGGACAAUAAAUUAUCUGGUCCACCACGAAGAUGAGUGCCUAUCCGCGUUGGGCAAAAAGUGGGCUCGACUAAUAAGUUCCGAAAAAAUCGUCAUAGCACCCGUUUCGCAUUUCUGGACGGGACCACAGCCCUAUUUCGUGAUGGUGGAAUCGGAUAUUGAGCUCUAUCGCGUGCUCACAAACUCCAGAUUGGCCAUUUUCAAGGGGGAUCUUAACUACAGAAAGUUGAUGGGCGAUUACAUAUGGGAUUCGGCGGAGGAGUUCAUCACCUGCCUGCGGGGCUUCAGACCCACCAAUAUCUGUGCCAUGCGGACAGUCAAAUGCGAGGUGGUUUGCGGUUUGCCCGAGGGCAUGGCGGAUACCCUCUUGCGAAACGAUCACACGUGGAUGAUCUCCGGCAGCUAUGGCGUAAUCCAGUACACCGACUCCCUGAAAUGUUCCUGUGCCUUUCCGGGUGAAGAGAAUAAUAUUAAAUCGGAGCACUGGCCGGCAUUGGUGCAACCGCGUUCUGGUAGGUCGACUGGCGCGCAAACUCCCAUCGGAUAAAUGGCUGCGAAUUUGUCAAUCGGAAAUCGA